AAGGUCACUCGGUCCAGGGAACGAGAGGCUCUGCCUGCUCCUGGGAGCUGCUGGGCGACGCCUGAGGUGGGGGCUCUGAACCCCAGGAGUUCCUGCCUGGCUGUACCGCAGCCUUCAUCCUGCGCCAUGCAGCACAAGGCACUUUGGAGUGCCCUGGAGUACACCUGCCGAUUGCUGGGCAUCUCCACCGCAGCAGUGCUGAUCGGUGUGGGCGUAGAAACUCUGCAGCGAGGACAGUUUAAAAGCCUGGCUUUCUAUCUGCUUUUUUCAGGGGUUGCAGUUACUGUCUGUGAAGGCUUCUUCUUUAUCAGUUUGUUCCUGGAGAUGUGCUUCACUCACAAGCCUGAAUUCCUGGCACAGGCCUUCUGGAAACGAGCUAGAUGCCCAGGGAGCUUCCAGAAAUUCCUGGGGUACACGCUGCUCUCAGUGGCUUGCUUCCUGCAUCCUGUCCUCGUCUGGCACGUCACCAUCCCUGGAUCCAUGCUGGUGCUCACUGCCCUGGCCUACUUCCUGCUGAGCAAGAGGAGGAAGAGCACAGGGCACAAAGACACGCAUCCCCGGGCGGGUCAGUACGUGGACCCUUCAGCCACUGAGGCAGCCUCAACCAUCGUUGGUGACACUGAGCAGACCUACACUUUCCAUGGGGCCCAGAGGGAGCAGCACCGCUCGCUUCUGGGCCAUAUGAAGAGCAUCCUGAAGGGCAGCAAGGACAGCAGCUCAGCCCCAGAAACUCCUGUCCAGCCAGCAGCCGUGCCAGUGCCUCGCAAGCAAGUGCACUUUCAGGAGAAGGUGGUGCAGAUCAUCCCCUCUGUCAGCGAGGACGUGGAGGAUGUGGAGAGUGAGGCUGAGGAGACCACAUCAGACACAACACCCAUCCUCACCCCCCCUGAUGCCCCCAUCAUCAUGGCCCCUCUCAGCUCUGAUGGCCUCUUUUGAGUCCUCAGCAGGACUGAGGACAGGACAGACCUGCUACCCUGGAGCAGAUGCUCCAGCAGCCCAAGGGCCCAAGGAGGUGGUCAUUUUUGCCUUCCAUACUUUUGGAGUGACAGCAGUGCCACCCCCUCUUAAAGGGCUGCCUGCACUCCCUGGUCCCCUGCAUUGUGGCAGCCGGGGGGCAGGUGGUGUUCAGCCGGGGUAGUGCCAGCACAGCAAGCUUUCUGCUCCCAUGGCCUCACCCGUGUCACCCCCUGUGCAGCCCUGCACACCACUGCCGUGCUCCUCCUGGCAUCACAGCCACGGCGUGUGCCUCCCUGCUGGCAGACUCAGGCAGCAGGAGGGGAGACCUCUGUGCCCUGGAGCAGCCUCUGCUGGGGCCCUUGUGUCCCUCUGGCCUCACUGCACAUGGCAGAGCUCGGGGCUGGGCAGAAUUCAGCACAGGCACUGCAGCCUGCAGGUUCCCUCGCAGCACCUGCGCCCGCUGCAGCAGCUUGAGACAUGCAAAACAUAUUUCUGAGGUGGGCUGAGACCAAGCACACCCCUGGCAUUAGCACCUGUUUAGUACCUCCCCAGGCACUCUGAGGCCAGCAGGGAAAUCAUCUCUGGCCUUGGGGACACCUCAGCAGGACCAGAGGUCUUCCAGGUGUCCCCUGCUUGGACAGCCCCCCUUCAGUAAGAAGAUGAUAUGGCAGCCCACGUCCUGAGGUUCAGCGCCACGCUGGCACAGCAGACUGUGUGUAACUCCAAUGUGUGUAAUUAUGGCCCCCAGAGGGCAAAGGCAAUAAUAAAAUUACCAUACAGUCCCACCAGUUUCUUCCAUGCCAGGUCUUCCCUGAGCCCCUUAACUCUGCCUUAAUCCUGGCAUAAUUUCUGCCUUUUGAGGACCAUCCAGUCAUAAUCAAGCAUUUCCCUCCUAUUGAAC